AUGCAAAUAUUUCGUCAAGAUCUUGAUCAAGCAUAUACAAUGGGUUACUUGGCAAAUGAUGAUAAUACAACUUUGCGUUAUCUUGAUUAUGCUGUGGCUGAACAACAAAUGCCUAUGACAGCUGCCAAUGCUUUUUGGCUUGAUGCUCUUCGUGAUUGUGAAAUCGAUCGACCUUUACAAUUACCAUUUGAUCGACAUCGUGUUUUUGAUGAACAUCGUACAGGUCCACUUGCUUCUUAUUAUACAUUCUUAUUUAAAUUAGCCAAUAAUGAAAAUCAUAUAUGUAUUGUUAUGAAUAAUUAUGGUCGUUCGAAACCUGAAUUAAUGUCAAUUAUUGGAAUGUUUGUUAAUGCACUUCCAAUGCGAUGUCAGAUUAAUUCUAAUCAUUCAUUUCGUGAAUUUGUAAAACAUGUACAUACCAUGGCAAAAUAA